AAAGGCCUCCCUCCCCAGGCUCCUCACCCACAGCAUCCUGAGAGAGCCUUGUCCUGCCUCCUCUGAGCCGGCCCACUGACCCUCCAGCCGAGAUGUCCUGCCAGCAGAACCAGCAGCAGUGCCAGCCCCCUCCCAAGUGCCCCACCCCCAAGUGCCCCAGCCCCAAGUGCCCCCCCAAGAGCCCAGCACAGUGCUUGCCUCCAGCUCCCUCUGGCUGUGCCCCCAGUUCUGGGGGCAGCUGUGGCCCCAGCUCUGGGGACGGCUGCUGCCUGAGCCACCACAGGCGCCACAGGUCCCACCGAUGCCGGCGCCAGAGCUCUGAGUCCUGUGACAGUGGCAGUGGUCAGCAGUCCGGGGGCUCCGGCUGUGGGGGUUCUGGGGGCUGCUGUUGACCUGGAUUCCGAUGCUGAGACAAGCGACUGCAGAGGAAACAAAGUUGCAGGGAGCAUCCUCUGCCGAGCAUGCUCCCUCUGUACCUUCAUCUCCAUGGCCUUGGCCAGCGCUGAGACGUUUCUGAGAGGGGCUGGGUAUCCCUCAGUGGCUCUUCCUACCCCGUUGGGCCCCACAAAACACCCAACGCAAAAUCUGCACAACUCGCAAUAUCUGCCCCAUCCACUGUCAUCACCCGCAUCUGACCCUGUGAAAAAAUAAAGUGUUU